AUGUACGUAAGACAACCCCUAACACCUCUCUCUCUCUCUCUCUCUCUACCUCCUCUCUCUAUUUAUCUACCUAUCUCUCUCUCUUUCUCAAUCUAUCGUCUCCAUAGCUCACCGGACGUUUGCUAUUUCACAGCAUCAUCGGUAAGGAGGGAGGAAAACGAGGGUGGGCAUUCUGGCGCAUCAGAUGAGAACAGCGAGGGGGUUGAACUCGGUGGCGAAGAGGGGAGGAAGAAGAGGAAGAAGAAGAGCAUAUAUAAGGGACUCCGACGCAGGCCAUGGGGGAGGUGGGCGGCGGAGAUACGAGACCCCCGCAAGGGCAAGCGGAUCUGGCUGGGGACCUACGACACCCAGGAGGAAGCCGCUGCCGCCUACGACACCGCCGCCCGCAAGAUCCGUGGUUCCAAGGCCAAGCUCAACUUCCUCUACGGCAGCGCCGGCGAAACUCCGGCGACCCCAAUAAAGAGAAUCCCUCCGGCCGCCGCCCAGAGUCUUCCUGUUCCUCCCUCCACUCCGCCGCCGCCGAUACUUCCGUACGAUGGCGAGCUGGGAGACCACAUCUCCAUGCUGACAGACUUCCUGGAGAUGGACACCACGCGAGAGGCCAGGGAGAUCAGAGGAGGCAAUGGAGAUGGCCCUCCUCCGCUCUGGGAUCCCGUGAGCCUCCUCUGCUGUUGA